GUCUCUUCUUCUUUCUUUCCCGGAAAAUACUCAAUUUUGACUUGCUCAAUUUUGCUUCUUCAAUCUCUCUUAUACCCAACAACAACCCUAACCCUAAAAUCUCUGAAUUCUCCGGCGAAAAUGUCACACCUUGAUGAUCUUCCUCCUACUCCCGGAAAGUACAAAACCGAUAAAGUUCCGCCGUACUGGAUUCUCCACCACCACCGUUACCUCCGUCUCUCGAAACUCACUCUUUGGGCUUCUCUCUUCCUCGCUCUCUUUCUCUUUUACCUAAUCCUAUCCCCUCCUCCGUCACCGUCUCGCCGGAAUCUCAACGAUUCUUCCUCCUCCGUAUCCGCCGCCAAGUACGGCGGCUCUCACUGGGAGAAACAAGUCCGCAAAUCCGCUCGUCCGAGGACUCACGGCGGUUUAACGGUUUUAGUCACCGGAGCAUCUGGGUUCGUCGGUACUCACGUCUCGAUCGCGUUGCGGAGACGCGGCGACGGUGUUCUGGGUCUUGACAAUUUCAAUCGGUACUACGAUCCGAAGCUUAAACGAGCAAGACAAGGGCUUUUGGAACGAUCAGGCGUGUUUGUUGUAGAAGGCGAUAUAAACGACGCCGUUUUGCUAAAGAAGCUCUUUGAUGUUGUCCUCUUCACACAUGUGAUGCAUCUCGCUGCUCAAGCUGGUGUGCGUUACGCAAUGCAAAACCCAGGAUCGUAUGUGAACAGUAACAUUGCUGGGUUUGUGAAUCUGUUAGAAGUGUCUAAAUCGGCGAAUCCUCAGCCUGCGAUUGUGUGGGCUUCGUCUAGCUCUGUUUAUGGUCUCAAUUCGAAAGUACCCUUUUCGGAGAAAGAUCGAACGGAUCAGCCGGCGAGUUUAUACGCAGCGACGAAGAAAGCAGGUGAAGGAAUUGCUCAUACUUAUAACCAUAUCUAUGGUUUAUCACUUACGGGUUUGAGGUUUUUCACUGUUUAUGGACCUUGGGGUAGACCAGAUAUGGCGUAUUUCUUCUUUACUAAGGAUAUUCUUAAAGGGAAGACGAUUACUGUGUUUGAGUCUCCUGAUAAAGGUAGUGUUGCUAGGGAUUUCACUUACAUUGAUGAUAUUGUGAAAGGCUGUUUGGGUGCUUUAGAUACUGCUGAAAAGAGUACUGGUAGUGGUGGGAAGAAGAAAGGUCCUGCUAUGUUUAGGAUUUAUAAUUUGGGGAAUACUUCACCUGUUCCUGUUACUAAGCUUGUGACUAUAUUGGAGAAGCUUUUGAAGACGAAAGCUAAGAAAAAGAUUAUGCCUUUACCGAGGAAUGGGGAUGUCGAGUUCACUCAUGCGAAUAUCACGUUAGCGCAAGCAGAGCUCGGGUAUAAACCCACGGUUGAUCUUGAGACAGGUCUGAAGAAGUUUGUGAAAUGGUAUAUGGGUUUUUACACAGGCUCGUCGAAGAAGAAGAGUUCUUGGUGAAGUCUCUCUCUGUCUCUCUGCUAUAGUCAUGGUCUCUCUGUUUCUUCUUCUUGAAUGUGGAGCAUAAGUUUUUGGAACCGAGCACUUGCGUCGCGAGGAAAAAUGGCUCCACUGUCAAGGGACAAACACUUUGUUCUCAACAUAAAGGCUAUUCACAUAUCUGCAUUGUUUCUGUGUUGCUAGAUUUUGCUUCAUUUGAUUUGUUAGUAGAUUUUGAGCAAUGUACAGCUUCAUAACUUAGGUGUUUCAAUUGUGGAAACUCAAUUGUCUUCUCCAUUAUGUCUGAAGAAUAAAGUAGAUUGGAUUUUGAUGCAUA